AUGUUGAGCUGGAGAAUCCGUACAUUUCUCCUCUUCGUUGUCUGCUUGGCUUCUGGCCUGGCGCAUUUUCGCAAAUUACCACUUGACACUCCUACCGGUAUUCUUAAUUACAGAGCCUUACCAAAUGCGCCUAAUGGAUAUACACCGGAGAAAGUACAAUGCCCGUCGCAUGGUUCAAACGUGCGUAUCGCGGUAAACAUUAGCGAGCACGAAAUGCAUUGGUUACAGAUCCGUCAGGACAAGAGGUUGAAGGCGAUGCAGACCUUUCUCACGCGAAUGAAAAUUCCGGACUUCAAUGCUACCCUAUAUUUUGCAAAGACUCAGGCCGCAUCUCUGCCCAACAUCGGGAUCUCAUUUUCAGGAGGCGGCUACCGAGCUCUGCUCAACGGAGCUGGAGCAUUUGCUGCAUUUGAUGAUCGAGCAAAGAACUCGACUACACCAGGCCAUCUAGGCGGAUUGGUGCAAUCAACUACGUAUAUUUCUGGCCUUAGCGGUGGCUCCUGGCUGGUCGGAUCCAUUUUUACAAACAAUUUUACUACAGUGAAUGCACUGCUGAAUUCUAAUGCCAGUGGUGUUUGGGAAUUUGAUCAAUCAGUUCUGAGCGGACCUACAGGUGACGCGGGCUACUUCCGGCAACUCCGACAAACCGUAGAUGGCAAAGAGGAGGCUGGAUUUCCUGUUUCAAUUACUGAUUACUGGGGUCGCGGGCUGUCCUACCAAUUGGUGAAUGCUACCGAGGGCGGACCUGCCUAUACGUGGUCAUCUAUCGCUUCAACGAAGCAAUUUCUUGAUGGAAACGUGCCAAUGCCAAUGAUUAUUGCUCUUGAAAGAGCGCCCUCAGAGAAGAAUCUAACAUUAAACUCAUCAGUUUAUGAGUUCAACCCAUGGGAGUUGGGUACGUGGGACCCAACCACCUACGGCUUUAUGCCUCUCGAAUUUCUGGGGUCGAAUUUCACGAGUGGCAAUCUAUCAAAGGACAAUUGCAUAUCCGGGUUUGAUAAUGUCGGUUUCAUUAUGGGCACAUCUUCCUCCUUAUUUAACCAAGCCCUACUUCAUAUCAACAAUACCGAUAUUCAACGCGCGCUGAAGAGCAUCACUACUUCACUUCUACAAAGUCUCAAUGACUCGUCGAACGACGUUUCAGUAUAUGAACCUAAUCCGUUCUUCGGUUUCAAUAAUGCGAGCAAUCUGAAUGCUCAAGCAAAGGCCCUUAUCCUUGUUGACGGGGGAGAGGAUCUGCAGAAUAUCCCCUUUUACCCGCUCCUACAAGCCAAUCGCAAGGUCGACGUUAUUUUCGCCAUUGACAGCUCGGCAGACACGCCGACACGGUGGCCCAACGGGACAAGUAUGGUGGCAACCUAUCAGCGCAAUAGCAAUUCUUCAAAAAUUGCGAAUGGGACAGCAUUCCCCUCCGUUCCAGACCAAAACACCUUUGUCAACCUAGGCUUGAAUGAGCGACCCACCUUUUUUGGCUGUGAUCCAUCUAACAGCACGGGCAAGCCUCCCGCUCCGUUGGUCAUAUACAUUCCAAAUAACCCAUAUACCUACAUGUCGAAUAUCUCGACGUUGGCACUUGAACUAAACGACACUGAACGGGAUAAGCUGGUGCUGAAUGGAUACAACGUGGCUACCAUGGGAAACUCGACGGAAUGGAGCGUUUGCAUCGGUUGCGCCAUCAUUAGUCGCAGCUUACAUCGAACUAAUACGUCGAUGCCAAGUGCGUGUUUGGAUUGUUUCCACCAAUAUUGUUGGAAUGGCACGGUAAAUGCGACAACCCCGAAGACUUAUGAACCCCGUCAGAAAAUACAGUAA